UGACAAAGAAGCUCCUUCCCCACUGGCAGCGCGACACUUUGAGGUCUAGGCAGCAGAACAGUACCCACAGCGAUUGGCCAUUCGACUGCCGCAAAGUGCUUCGUCGUUGUGGCUGUCGUACCGUCGGUGGCUAACAGUAAACAGCGGCUAUUUGACCAAGGGGUUAUCCUGAACGGAGUAAUUUCUAUUUAUUUUUAGUGUUUUAUUAACAGGCAGUUAACAUGGCUGAGAAAUUUGACAACCUGGAGGAGCAUCUGGAGAAAUUCAUCGAGAAUAUUCGACAGUUGGGAAUCAUCGUCAGCGACUUCCAGCCUAGCAGCCAGGCAGGACUCAACCAGAAACUAAAUUUCAUGAUAUCUGGUCUACAAGACAUCGAGAAGUGCCGUCAACAGCUGCACGAGAUCAACGUACCGCUGGAGGUCUUCGAAUACAUUGACCAGGGUCGAAACCCUCAGCUGUACACCAAGGAAUGUCUGGAGAGAGCCUUGGCGAGGAAUGAGCAGGUCAAAGGGAAGAUUGACACUAUGACGAAAUUCAAGAGCCUUCUAAUCUCUGAGCUCAGCAAAGUUUUUCCAGAGGAGAUGGCCAAGUAUAAGGCUAUACAUGGAGAAGAUGCCCCCUCCUAGUAGCUCCUGCGCCAUGACCCCUGACCUUCAACCUGUGACCCUCGAAAUGAAAGCCUGGAUGGAGAUUGACCAAGCGGGAUCCUCUGACUCAGCCAAUCCCCUCUCUUCUUUUUAUUUCUAAACUUCAUUUGAAGGAAUGCAAAUCAACUGCAAGUCUAUGGGAGAACUAGGGAGGAGGAACAAAUAGUUUUCUGUGCUGGCUUGUUCUGUUGCCGGGAGACAUAUUUGUAUUUAAUGUCUCUGUCGAAGCAUGGACACGUAGUUAGCAGCAGAAUAUUUCUACAACUCCCAACUGUACAGACAAAAAAUUUUUAGAGCUGCAUGGCGCCUGUCUGAUUCUGCAUCAACGAAUUUUCUCCAUCAGUUGUACAUACAGUGUAUUUAUACCCAUACGUUCUAACUUUUGUAAAGCUUUCCAAUCAUUGUGCUACAUGCUUUUGUACCACGAACUGUUCAUAACAUUUUAUAUCAAGCUCAGGUUUCUACUGGCCAUGAUAAUUGAAUGGAAUGUUAUUUCAUGGUACUUCUGUGCGAUGACUUGACAUGGUCAGAAAUAAAUAAUAAAUAAAG